AUACAAUGGCAAUGAGUCUGUUAAAACUAGUUUUCUGUGUUUGCUGUUGUGUCAUGUCAGUAAGAUGUUUAGAGCAAAAUAAACUUGUCGCCUGGUCCUCUGAAGAAUAUAGCUCACUACACAGCAUGUUGCUGACAAGCGAUGGAGAGCACUUGUUUAUAGCUGAUGAAAGAUAUGUAUAUUACAUUAGUCCUGAAAAUCUCGCUUUUAAAAGAAAUGUCAAGUGUAGAACAACACAAAUGAUAUAUGAUAAAACGAAAAAUCAUCUUUUCCUUUGCUGCAAGGGGUUUCCAUUUUGUUAUCAAUGGUUAUACGGAAUCAACGAUUUUGGUGAUUAUUUUAAGCCUACUAUUAGAAUUAAUGGAGUAAAAGCAUUUGUGGCAACGUAUGCUAAACCAGACGACAGAAAGCCCAAUGAUAACUUUCUAUUUAUCGGAUGUCCGCAUGUAGAAGGUCAAGAAAAGCUUGGUGGCAAAUGCACAAAACCUGGUAUAGCAUGGUAUUUGAACCAUGGAAAUGACAAAAGUGUUCCAUGGUUUGGAUUUAAAUCGUUCGAUAAAACUCCAGUUUUGACAGACGAGUUCAUUGAUGCGUUAACUGUGGAUAACUUAAGAUUAUUUUUCAGUAAGCAAACAGUGAAAGCAACAGGAAGGAGGAGAAGUCAGAUAGCUCAAGUGUGCCAACAUUUCAUUCAAAGAGAUAACAAUUAUUCAACACCAUAUACAUAUGCUGAUAUGCAAGUGCAGUGUGGACAAUUAAAGGAAAUUAAAGCAGUAAAAAAAGUCGUAGUAGGAACAGAAAAGCUUUUCGUGAUUGUGUUCUCUGACAAUAGUAUUUCGGCUGUUUGCGUUUUCACAAUGGAGAAUGUAAAAAGAAAGUUUGUUGAAAACAUUAAAGACUGUUACAGAGGCAUUCGUGUAUCAGAAAAGGAGGACUAUAUCGACUUCCAACAGUCAAGUAUCCCAUGCAAAACAGCAAUUGCAGAUAAUGAAACCUUCAGAAAGCCAGAUGAUUAUUUUUUGUGUAACAAGGACAAUCUGGAAUUAUAUCAUCAUGUAAUUGGCACCAAGAUUCUGACCUCGCAGCCGGUCCUCCAGUAUGACGUACAACUAACGGCAGUGACAGUGUCAGUUGUAGACUCCAAAGUAGUUGCCUUUUUCGGCACCGCAACAAGAACAAUUUUAAAGGCUGUUGUAUAUCCUACUGCAUCAGCAGUUUCAAUCAAGCAACCAGUAAUUCGAAAAGUUGGGCAUACGAUCCUACAGGACAUGUACACUUCGAAAGAUCAGAAACAUAUAUUUGUGCUAACUACGAAACAGGUAUUGAAGGUGCCCGUAGAGUCGUGCAGAUACUUUUCGUCUUGUGAAGACUGUGUCACUGAUCCACUCUGCGCAUGGUGUGUUGAUAUUUGGUAUACGGAGAUGAGGUAAAUCAUACAAUUUUGUAUUGA